CGCGUCGUCGUCGCGGCAGUCUCGCGACAGUCGGUGAGGAAACAGCGGAGUGUUAGGGUGCGAGUGAUUUGUGCGUCGAAGAGAUCCUUUUCUCUCGAGUCUCUUUUGUGAGUCGGCCACGUCGUGAUGAAGAAAUUGCUCAUACUCGUCGCGGGAUUAUUCCUGCUGACAGGAUUCGUCCGGGCCGAUGAAGAUGCCGACGAGGAUGUCGGUACCGUGGAGAAUGACCUCGGAGCCAGCCGCGAAGCAUCGCGAACAGAUCAUGAGGCAGUGCAAAGAGAAGAAGAAGCGAUAAAGAUCGAUGGGUUAAAUACAGCUCAGAUGAAGGAACUGAGGGAAAAGUCUGAAAAAUUUACGUUCCAGACAGAGGUCAAUCGAAUGAUGAAGCUCAUUAUUAAUUCUCUCUACCGCAACAAGGAGAUCUACCUCAGGGAAUUGAUUUCAAAUGCAUCGGAUGCGCUUGACAAAAUCAGACUGUUGUCUCUCACUGACAAGAAUGUUCUGAGUACAAAUAGUGAAUUGGCUAUCAGAAUAAAAGCAGACAAGGAAAAUAAAGUAUUGCAUAUAACGGAUUCUGGCAUCGGUAUGACAAAACAAGAUCUGGUUAACAAUCUUGGAACCAUCGCAAAGUCUGGUACAGCUGAGUUCUUGGGAAAAAUGCAAGAUGUUACGAGUUCUCAGGAUAUGAAUGAUAUGAUCGGCCAGUUUGGCGUAGGCUUUUAUUCUGCAUAUUUGGUUGCGAAUGUUGUUGUUGUUACCACAAAGCACAAUGAUGACAAGCAGCACAUAUGGGAGUCCGACAGUACCAAUUAUAGCAUUGUGGAAGAUCCACGUGGUGAUACUUUGAAGAGAGGAACAACCGUAAGCUUACACUUGAAGGAAGAAGCACUGGACUUUUUGGAACCAGAUACGAUAAAGAACUUGGUGAAGAAAUAUUCUCAGUUUAUCAACUUCCCCAUAUACUUGUGGAAUAGCAAAGUUGUACAAGUCGAUGCGGAAGAUGUGGAUGAGGAUAAACCCAGAGAGGAAUCUGAAGACAAGGCUGACGAUGAUGAUGGAAAAGUAGAGGAAGACGAUGCGGACGAGAAGAAAUCCAAAAAGGUAGAUAAGACUGUAUGGGACUGGGAAUUGUUGAACGACUCAAAGCCAAUCUGGACAUUGAAGCCGAGCGAGGUCGAAGAUAAAGAGUACAACGAGUUUUAUAAGACGCUCACCAAGGACAAUCAGGAACCUUUGGGAAAGAUUCACUUUGUCGCCGAGGGUGAAGUCACAUUCAAGUCCGUUCUGUUCAUCCCGAAGGUUCAACCGAGCGACAGCUUCAAUCGUUAUGGCACCAAGUCCGAUAACAUCAAACUAUAUGUCAGACGUGUCUUCAUCACUGACAAGUUCACCGAUAUGAUGCCAAAUUACUUGUCCUUCAUUCGUGGUAUCGUGGAUAGCGACGAUCUACCGCUCAAUGUUUCACGUGAGAACCUUCAGCAACAUAAAUUAAUCAAGGUCAUCAAGAAAAAACUCAUCAGAAAAGUAUUGGACAUGAUCAAGAAGCUCGACAAAGAGGAGUUCCAGAAAUUCCAGAAAGAGUACAGCACAAACAUCAAGCUGGGUGUGAUCGAAGACGCACAGAAUCGCGCGAGACUAUCUAAGCUUCUGCAGUUCCAAUCAUCCACGCAGAAUGAACCGACCUUCCUAGCCGAUUAUGUAUCCCGCAUGAAACCCAAUCAGCAGCACAUCUACUACAUCGCCGGCUUAUCCGAGGAAGAGGUGAAGAAAUCGCCGUUCGUCGAGCGACUGACCAAGAAGGGUUACGAGGUGUUGUAUCUGACCGAGGCGGUGGACGAGUACGCAAUUUCUGGCUUGCCCGAGUUUGAAGGCAAGAAGUUCCAAAACGUGGCAAAGGAGGGCUUCACGCUUGACGAGAGCGAACAAGGGAAAGAGCGAAUGAAGCAACUUGAAAAGACGUUUGAACCUCUGACUAAAUGGCUGAGCGACAUCCUGAAGGAUAACAUAAUUCGAGCGGCAGUGUCGGAACGUCUGUCCGACUCGCCCUGCGCCCUGGUCGCCAGCAUGUUCGGCUGGACCGGCAAUAUGGAGCGAUUAGCGAUCUCGAACGCGCAUCAAAAGAGUGACGAUCCGCAGAAGACCUAUUACUUGAAUCAGAAGAAGACCCUGGAGAUCAAUCCGAGGCAUCCGCUCAUCAGAGAGUUGCUGCGCCGAGUCGAGGUCGACGCAUCCGACGAGAAGGCGAAACACAUCGCGGUAAUGAUGUUCCGUACGGCGACCCUGCGAUCGGGUUACAUGCUGCGGGAAACCGCUAGCUACGCAGAUGACGUGGAGCAGCUGAUGAGGAAGGCCUUGGGCAUCUCUCUCGACGAGGUACCUGAAGAGGAGGAAGCGCAGGAAGAGGAAACGGCGAACAACGUAGAGAACUCGUCGAACAUCGAUGCCGAUGACGAUAGGCAAACGGAAGAUAAUUACGAAGACCACGACGAAUUAUAAUAAUAAGAAAGCAGUGCAUGUAAAAGUGCGAUAUUCGAAAGACUUGAUAUUCUAGAGACGUAGCUAUACAAUGUAUAGUUACCCCAAGUUUCCUCCGAGAAUGCGACCUUUAUCGUUGCCAGUCUAAACAAUUUAGGCAUAUACAAUAAUAAAUACGUCGAUCCGAUCUGAUAUUUUCGUAUCAUUGUUGUUGAAAGAGAUACAACUUAAAUUCCUUCUUUUUAUAAUGAGAACCGAUAUACAUAUAUAGUUUUUGUGUUUUUUUUUGUUUUUUUGUUCAAUCUUAUUUCCGUCUCAUCGAUAUUUAUCAAGGAAAUUGUAUAUUUUUAAGAGGUUUAAUUUAUUACUUUAAUUUGAUCUUCCACAUCUCCUUUUAGAGUAACGGGAGUAACGUGAACAGAGAGCACUGACUGAGCGUUACUGACAUAUGGUACGUUUGUGAUAUAUGUGUGAAUGUAUUUGUACAUGAAAUAUGCAAAUUAUCAUGGUGUAAGUAGUACUUACAGCAUGCAAAUUAUAUUAAAAUUAUAUAUAUAUCUAUACUAUAUUGAUGCGACAGCACAGUUUGUACAUGAUAUCCAUCUUUAAAUCCUGAGAUAAGGAUGAAAGGCUCUCGAGAGAAAACGAUCAGUCAGAGAUCAAUAUUAUUUGUUAAUAUUUGCGAUAUAAAAAUUACAAGUUCGUAUCGAAUGCAAGAAAAUAUACCAUUAAACGCACUAACGAGAAGUAAUACGCAUGCCAAGUAUUUAUGUGUUUGAAAGAAUGAGAGAAUAAAAUUUUUUCUAUACAUUAUUAUUAAAAACAAAGUUAUGAUUAUUCCUUUUGGAACGGCCUAAUAUAUAUCGAAAAUUUAAUCGAGCACAGAUUUUCAACUUUAUCGAUUACAUAUCUUCACUUUUGUGUUGCUCUGAUAAAAUUUACAAGAUAUCAAAAGAAAUGUAUUUGAGUCGAUAAAUAUAUUAACUUAAAAAUUA